AUGGUUGUGAUUGCAAAUGUCGUCGUUUUCGUUGUGGUAAUGUACGUCAACGAUUGUCCUCACAAGAGCGAUCGAUGUCUCGCAAAGUUCCUCGGACGUUUCUCAUUCGAGUCUUUCAAGAAGAAUCCUCUCCUCGGUCCUUCUUCCUCUACGUUAGAGAAAAUGGGAGCUUUGGCAUGGGGGAAAAUAGUUCAUAAGCGUCAAGGUUGGAGACUCUUAACAUGUAUGUGGUUACAUGCUGGUAUUCUCCAUUUGCUAGCAAACAUGUUUUGUGUUGCAUUCAUUGGAAUUCGACUCGAGCAGCAGUUUGGUUUUGUUCGAAUCGGGGCAAUCUAUCUUGUAUCGGGUUUCUGCGGUAGCAUAUUAUCUUGUUUGUUUGUUCAGAAUGCAAUCUCUGUUGGUGCCUCGAGCGCUUUGUUUGGCCUCUUAGGAGCAAUGCUAUCUGAACUUCUUAUUAAUUGGACUACCUACGAAAACAAGGGUGUGGCUUUGAUAAUGCUUUUGGUGAUUGUUGGUGUUAACUUAGCGUUAGGGACACUUCCUCCAGUCGAUAAUUUUGCUCACAUUGGAGGUUUCUUGGGUGGUUUUCUUCUCGGUUUCCUUCUCUUGAUUCAUCCACAGUUUGAAUGGGAGGAAAACAGAGUUUCUCUUAUGCCUGGUUCCAUUGUCAAACCGAAGUACAACACUUGCCAACUCGUGCUUUGUAUAACUGCAGUUAUUGUCUUUGUUGCCGGGUUUACUUCGGGGUUGGUGAUACUAUUCAGAGGGGAUAACUUGAACAGAUAUUGUAAGUGGUGCCAUAAACUUAGCUACUCCUCUAAAUCUCAAUGGACAUGA